AUGGAAUUUAAUCUCGUGUCAGAUAAAGAGGAGGAUCUUUUAGGCACAACAAAGGACAGAUUAAUAGUUCUUGAUAUAGUAUCGCAACCUCACGGUCACCAGCAGUUGCACCAGCAGCAGCAACAACAACAGCAGCAGCAGUAUGGUGAAGUCAACCAAUUGGGCGGCGUAUUUGUAAACGGCCGACCUUUGCCGAACGGCGUUCGGAUGCGAAUCGUUGAAUUGGCCCAACUUGGCAUCAGGCCCUGCGACAUUUCGAGGCAAUUGAGAGUGAGCCACGGCUGCGUCAGCAAGAUAUUGGCCAGGUAUCACGAGACGGGAAGCAUCCUCCCGGGGGCCAUAGGCGGUUCCAAGCCUAGAGUUACGACGCCUAAGGUUGUGGCAUAUAUUAAACAGUUGAAAUUGAAAGAUCCAGGGAUUUUUGCUUGGGAAAUUAGAGAUAAAUUGAUGGUCGACGGUGUCUGUGACAAAUACAAUGUGCCUUCCGUGAGUUCAAUAUCUCGCAUAUUGCGAAACAAAAUUGGCCCGAGCCCUACGAGUGCACAGAGUUCGAAUCCCCAUGCAGCCCAUCUAUACACAUCCCUGUAUCCAGGAUAUGCUUACCACCAUCACCAUCACCAACCUCACAGCCACCACAAACCUGGUCUAAAUCAGACGCCUAGUCAACCAGGAACAACCCCUAAUCCAUUAGCCGCAUGUUGGCCGUCAGGUCAUUCCGUGCAGGAUAUUUUGGCCAACGUGCAUCAGCAAGCGAUGGCGGCAGGGUUUAGACCAGGGCAGAAUGGGCAGGUGGGUUUUGCAGAGACCCAAACCGCACCCACCAGUCCUGGGCAGUACAAUUAUUAUAUGUAUCUGCAGACAGCGAGUGGUUUCCAGCAUCAUCAUCAUAAUUCUCUAUACGGAAAAGAGGAAAUUAUGUGAUUGAGUUUAAUUUUAAUUUGGUGAAUAUUUCAUUUAAAAUCUUCAUUCAAACACAUCAUGAAUAUCAGUGUAAUUUAGUAAUGAUUGAAAUAGCCUCAAAACUAUAUUUAAUA